AUGUCGGAGUUACGAGCAGCGGGACCCGGGCCAGGAACAGCGGUCGGGCCCGUAGCCUCAGGACCGGCGGCUGCCUGCGGGCCUGGUCCAGCGACCCCACUGCCCUCGCCUGGGCCUGGCGGUGGAGGCGGCGGAGGGACACUGGGCCCCGGGGGACCGGCCCCAGGGGGGGUGGCAGGCGCUCCAGGGGGGAGCUCUGCUUCCGCUUCCGGGUCGAGCACCUCUGCUUCCGGGUCGUCCCGCGAGGGCUGGCUUUUCAAAUGGACCAAUUACAUCAAAGGGUAUCAGCGGCGCUGGUUCGUGCUGAGCAACGGACUCCUGAGCUACUACAGAUCAAAGGCAGAGAUGCGACAUACCUGCCGUGGAACCAUCAACCUGGCUACAGCCAACAUCACUGUGGAGGAUUCCUGCAACUUCAUCAUUUCCAAUGGAGGGGCACAGACCUACCAUCUGAAAGCCAGCUCAGAAGUCGAGAGGCAGCGCUGGGUCACAGCCCUGGAGUUGGCCAAGGCCAAGGCAGUCAAGAUGCUUGCAGAAUCAGAUGAGUCAGGUGAUGAAGAAUCAGUGUCUCAAACAGACAAGACAGAAUUGCAGAACACACUCCGCACUCUCUCUAGCAAGGUAGAAGAUCUCAGCACCUGCAAUGACCUGAUUGCCAAGCAUGGGACAGCACUACAGCGCUCCCUCAGUGAGCUGGAGACUCUCAAGCUGCCUGCAGAGAGCAAUGAAAAGAUCAAGCAGGUCAAUGAGCGUGCCACACUCUUCCGCAUCACUUCCAAUGCCAUGAUCAAUGCUUGUCGAGACUUUCUGUUGCUGGCUCAGACACACAGCAAGAAAUGGCAGAAGUCUCUUCAGUAUGAGCGAGACCAGCGCAUCCGUUUGGAGGAGACUUUAGAGCAGCUGGCCAAGCAGCACAACCACCUGGAAAGAGCCUUCCGUGGAGCGACAGUCCUACCAUCCAAUGCACCUGGCCGUAUGGAUUCCUCUAAAGAUCGAUGUUGCCCAUCAAAGGGAGAUAUGAGUGACGAAGAUGAUGAUAAUGAGUUCUUCGAUGCUCCUGAAAUCAUCACCAUGCCUGAAAGCAUGGGCCACAAACGAACUGGAAGCAACAUCAGUGGUGCUAGCAGUGACAUCAGUCUUGAUGAGCAGUAUAAGCACCAACUGGAGGAUACCAAGAAGGAAAAGAGAACUCGAAUUCCCUACAAACCGAAUUACAGCCUCAACUUGUGGAGCAUCAUGAAGAACUGUAUUGGCAAGGAACUCUCCAAGAUCCCUAUGCCAGUUAACUUCAAUGAGCCCUUAUCCAUGCUGCAGCGCCUCACGGAGGACUUGGAAUAUCAUGAUCUGUUAGACCGGGCAGCCAAGUGUGAGAGCUCUCUGGAGCAACUCUGUUAUGUGGCUGCCUUUACUGUAUCAUCUUACUCCACCACCGUCUUCCGCACUAGCAAGCCAUUCAACCCCCUCUUAGGGGAGACCUUUGAGCUUGACCGGCUGGAGGAAAAUGGCUACCGCUCCCUCUGUGAGCAGGUGAGUCACCACCCUCCAGCUGCUGCCCAUCAUGCUGAAUCCAAGCAUGGCUGGACCCUUCGCCAGGAAAUUAAAAUUACCAGCAAAUUCCGUGGCAAAUACCUCUCGAUCAUGCCGCUUGGUACCAUCCACUGUAUAUUCCAUGCAACUGGCAAUCACUAUACAUGGAAAAAAGUCACCACCACAGUACACAACAUCAUUGUGGGCAAAUUAUGGAUAGACCAGUCUGGCGAGAUUGAGAUUUUGAACCACAAGACCAAUGAUAAGUGUAUUCUCAAGUUUGUUCCUUACAGCUACUUCUCAAGAGAUGUGGCCAGAAAGGUCACUGGAGAAGUGAUAGAUCCCUCAGGAAAGGUGCACUUUGUAUUGUUGGGCACCUGGGAUGAGAAGAUAGACUGUUUCAAGGUAAUAGCAACCAGCAUGGAGAACGGUGGUGAAGGUCGGCAGAGAGCACAUGAAGCAGAGGACAGCAGGGUCAUGCUGUGGAAGAGGAACCCACUCCCGAAGUAUGCUGAGAACAUGUACUAUUUCUCAGAGCUGGCUCUGACUCUCAAUGCCCCAGAAGGUGGCACUGCUCCCACGGACAGCAGGCUUCGGCCUGACCAGAGGCUCAUGGAGAAUGGGCGCUGGGAUGAAGCCAAUGCCGAGAAGCAGCGUCUAGAGGAGAAGCAGCGCAUCUCCCGCAAAAAACGCGAAGCUGAAGCCAUGAAGGCAACAGAGGAUGGAACUUCUUAUGACCCCUACAGGGCACUGUGGUUUGAGCGGAAAAAGGAUCCCAACACCAAGGAGGUAGCCCAUGUGUACAGAGGCGGCUACUGGGAAAGCAAAGAGAAACAAGAUUGGAGCAUGUGCCCCGAUAUCUUCUGAGCUGGAAGCAGCAGGACUAUUACAAGGAGGAAGAGGAGGGGAAGAAGGAUGGAGGAGAGCAGCUGAUCAUGUGACUUUCUGCCUAGUGCUUUCCUCACCGAAUCUGUCUGUCUUAACCAAUCACUUGUUUUGAAUCAAUCACCCAAAGCAGAAUCCAGCGGUGGUGAUUGGCUGGGUUGCCUUAGCUGAUUGAAGCUGAAGUUGGUGUCUGGAUCCCUGGUUGGCUGGGGACAUGUAUAAGUAGAGGGCGGCUUCCUCCAUUUCCCCACCAUGAGAGCCUCACUCUGCUCACAUCCCUACGAGUUUGGAGAGGAAAAGGGGAACAAUAUGGUGCUGUACAGAUUGGCCCCCUUUUCUACAUUCAGAUCAGGAAGGGCCAGUGGAGUGCAGUUGCGACCAUGAAUGUAUGCACCAUGGGGAUGGUUGGGGGAGGUACAGGGACCCUCUGGUAGUUUUGACCAUGUGGAUUGCUCUCCUGUUUCUUCCUCCCACCCCCAUAGGAAAGGUGCUAUACAAAUGAAGCUUCUGAAGCAUUGUGGGGAGGGGGAUAGAUGGAAAGCCGUUCUCUCCAGGAGCCCUAAUUAUCUUUCAGUUCAUGGAAGAAGCAAAGCAUUGAAUUGAAUCCUAAAGAGGGGGCGGUAGGGGGAUAGGUCUUGCAAUGGUGGAAUCCUUCCAUUGGAGCCUCACCAGCUGUUUGUAUGGCAGAAGGAAACUAAGCUUACUGUUUCCCCUUCUCAAAUCCAGACUUCACAUCAGGCCCCAGCUCCUUCCCCACAUGUACUCAGAUGGGGGAGCUGUGAUGCAGGAUAGAGCCUCCCUCUGCCUAAAGCCCUGGCCUCAAGCAACCUCUGACUUAAUGCACACCUGUUCAUAUGUAUAUUAUAUAUAUGUAGAGAGAAAAAGAGAUCUAAUUUUUGUUUUGAUUUCCCCCCCUCCCAUCCUAGACCCCAUUUUGUAAUACUUGCUCCUGCUACAUCUUCUCCAUUGUCCCAGAUCUAGGGAGGUGCUCUGCAGAAAGUGUGUCAGCAUUGGCUUGGCUUGCCUUCUAAAAAAAUAAAAAAUCCAUCUGAGGCAGGAGCCAAAGCUCAGUGGUGUCAAUCUUGAGGCUCUUCAUGCUGUGCAGGCAUAAGCCAGGUGUCCCUUUUUCUGUGGAGAAAUAAGGAUGUUCUGGGAACUCCCAAACCGGUCUUGGACAGCUCUGAGCACAGCUGCCAAAGCUGGAUCCAAAGGCUGAAAAGGUGCUGCCACUGUGUAGAGGUGGACAAGGGCACAGAAGCUACCCAAGUCAGGCCCACACUUAGAGGGCAGAGGCAGACCCUGCCCUUGAAUAAGAAUCACACAAUGAGGUGCCUUCCUUCUGUAUUUGUUCUUUUUUCUUUUGGUUUUGUUCCUUUCCUUUCCAUUUGAACUUUAGCCACUGAAGGGGGUUAGAGAGGACAAAGGUUCUGCCCAGGGCUGGUUGCUGGUGAGAUUGGAAUCAUGCUGCUGGCUGGGAGAGAUGAGGCCAUGAGCCCUGCCUUCCCAGCAGCAAAGGGCAUGCUGCCUAGUGGGAAAGAAGGGGCUUUGGGUGGGGUCUCUGCAUUGUGCUGCAUGGUCCCUGCUUAAAGCCUGUUCUCUGCAGCUGGUGGAGGCUGAUUCUCCCUUGCAUGGGAUAAUGGCAGGCUUUCAGAGAGAGACUAUCCCUGCAAUUCUAUUUUGGGUUUUUUUUGCCUUAUUGUCUUUUUUCCAAGAAAACUAAAUUAAAUAAUAAAACCUGAAAUAUCUAA